AUGUAUCACUACGAGCCACUACCAUCGCCGCAGUUCAUCCGGCUGGUGAACAUCAUCCGCGACGACUACAGCCAGCAUGGGUUCUCUGUCCGUUUGACGGCUCACUCCCUCCACGACUUACCGCCAUUUUGGGCGCUCUCUUACACAUGGGGCUCUCCGGAUUUUCAAAGCGACGACCCCCAGGAUGAGAAAGCGGAGGGAAAGCGUUUCAGCAUCAAGUGCGAUGGGGAUGAUAUGGAAAUCGGUGAAAGCCUCUACGACUUCCUACGACAUAUGAACGAAGAAAUGUUUGCUGCAUCGAAUCCCUAUGGUCCUCAAACGUAUGCAAGGCCUUCCACAAACACUCGGCGCUUGGUCUUUCCGGAGAGGCAUUUCAACUUCUGGGUCGACGCUAUUUGCAUCGAUCAGCAGAAUGACGACGAGAGGUCGGAUCAAGUGCAGCUCAUGGGAAAGAUCUAUCAAUCCGCAAGUCGCGUCAUUGCCUGGCUUGGAAAUACGGAACCUAACGAUAAUGUCAACUGGGUCAUCAACGGCUUUGCGCCGAUGAUGCUGCAUGUGUCACGAUCUUCGUCAAGACCUAAAGUCAUCCAGCUGUGCCAGGAUACCGGUCACGAGUUGAAUCAUCCUAAAGCAGAGGAGCUAAUAGGCGCAGGGGUGUGUGCGCGCUGGCGUCGGUCAUAUGCUGACUUCUUUUCAUUCUUUGUGAAGAAGAGAUGGCUGACCAGGGGAUGGGUCGUCCAAGAGGCGGCAAUACCAGAGCCGUACACUGUGGUCUUGUUGUGCGGCAGAAGUCAGUUCUCGUGGACAACCAUCAACAACUUCGCCUCGUUCAUUCUUAACGUUGGCUGGGACGACACACUGGAGGCAAGUCUUACUGAAUCUCUACCAGAAUGGAAGGCGAGAAAAGGGACCAUCGAUCGUCUCUGGAACCCCGUUUCAACGUCCCUACCAGACUUCCAAGAAGAGACCAUCAAUGAUAGCAUGGUCGACUGGCAAAACAGGCGCUGGGGCGCGGUCACUGAUGAGGAGGUGCGACAUGCGGAGGUCUUGCACAACUUUCACCGAUUACGAUUCUAUGAGUUUCAGAACCCGUUGGACCACAUCUACGGCACCCUGGGCUUGAUGCCCCUGAUUCUUGGACCUAAGUACCCUCUCGGGGUGACCCCGAGUUACGAUAUUUCCGUGGAGCAAGCUUUCACCGACGUCGCGACGUGGCUGAUCCCACAUCUGCCCAACUUGGAUAUCCUAGGUCUGGCAGGCCUUGCCCUAGGAAGAAGCGAGGGCGCGCCAGAUAAGGAUGAAGUACGCUCGCUGGUACGGACCGCUCGACGCCACACGCACGACAAGCCUCUUCGAAUCCCCGAAACCAUUCGCUCGUAUCGAGAGAUCUAG